AUGACAAAAAUCGAUGAAGAACAUGAUACAACUUCAAUGACUACCUUGUUGCAUGAACCUACAUUGCAACUUCCAGAGAUUGAUCAAAGGAAUGCAAGGCACUCUUUCUCAGAACCAGGAACAAUAGCACAGUGUUAUAUGAGGAAGGAACUGUAUGAGAAAUUAGAUGAAUUUGUUUCUGAUGAAGUAUGGAAACAAUUGUUACAAAUGCAUCUAAAAGCAAUGGACCAAAUGAAAUUGAAAAAAAAUCCUGAAAUUUUAAUAAAACUUGGAGUUUUUGUAUGCCAAAUUAUUAAGACUAUUAUUAUUGCUCAAGACAACAAUAAGGAUCUGCAACGAGCCAUCAGAAAGUGUGACGAAUAUACUGUCGAUUUGGAAAUAUCAACUAAACUUGGAAUA